UAACCCCAUUGACCCGUCCACCCACCACCCACGCAAUUAACUACUCACACCCACACAGCAACAGCACAGCUUCACACCACCUUACCAACUCUAUCCCUCCCAUCAGCCCAUCAAUCCGCACCAAAAUGACCACCCGCCCGCUCAGCCCACCGACCUCCCCCCGCAAACGCACCAAAGCGAUGCACCUCCCGUCAUCGCAACGCAUCUGCCACGACUGGAUGGUGGUGCAAGGCAAUGUGCACUACGCGCGCGACCGCGCCCACUUCACAACCUACCGACCUGUGACCGCGCACCUCAAGAACAACAUCUUCAACCCGAUGGACGAGCUCGAAGUGGCCGGUAUCGGAACCGUCGAGAUCCCCGUCGUCCGCAGCCUCGAUAACCCGUUCGAUACGCAUACCAUCGUGCUCGAGAACGUGCUGCAUAUCCCCGAGGCCGUGUGCAAUGGGUUCAAUCCGCUGCUGUUUGGGAGUAGUAUGUCGUGUACGGAGACGGCGUGGAUGGGGGCGGAUCGCGAGGGUAGGUUGAUGUGGGUGGCGAUGCCGUUUCGGGGGGGUUCGAGGUUGGUGCUUGCUGGGGGGUUGGUAGGGGAGAGUGAGAUUAUUGAGGGGAGGUAUUAUACGUUGAGUUUGUAUGUUAGUCCCGAGGAGAAGGGGGAGUUUCUGUCAUAG